CCCUGCUUUCUCUUGCUCCCUGCACUAGCAGUCACAACCCCCCUGAGUACUAGUCCCCAGUCUUCCCUCCCAGUGCCUCCCCAAACUCGGAGUUUCUUCCCCCAGGUAAACAACAACUGCAUCAUGGCUUCCACGGGAUCUUCUCCCAGAGGUCCUCGCGGCCAUAAUCGCUCUAGCUCGGCCUCCUUUCGCUCGCUCAGGGAGCUCGCAGUCACUCCAGCUCAGCAAUUCGUCGUGCUCUCGCAGCCUACCUCCCCCGCGAAAUCACACCUCGCGCCAAACACCAGCCCGCGCGGCGGCGCGCUACCUGAACGCGCCACGUGCGGCGAGUCCAGUACUUCAGAUCCGGCGAUUCUGAGUCGGCCAUCAGACUCGGCGCCGGCACGGCAUUCCGAGCGCCGACUAUCCGAGUCAGAUGCCCCAGCAGGUCGUAGCAGCUACGGCCUAUCUCUACAGCAGCUGCAGCACCUCACCGCGCUUACCGCCGCAAAUGACGGCCCGCGCGGCGACACCCUCGCCGCCUUUCCCUACUCCGCCUCUCCCAGCGGCCCCGGCGGAAGCCGCCUUUCCAUGGCGUCGUCCCAGCGGCGGCUGGACUUGUGGAAUCGCGCGCGCGAGCCCACGUUCGGGAACACCCUCGCGCACAUCCGCGCGCAGCAGCGGCUCAAGCGAACGCGGAGCGAGCCAUCGUUGCAAUCACCGGCCCGGGGAGUAGUGGGAGCGGGGGGGAUGGACGAGGGGGAGCUUGGCGGCUCUGCCGGCGAGCGCUCAGGUAGCAGGCGCGCGCAGCGGAGUGCUACCGGCGAGGCCAUCCUCGCAGAGGCCUGGCGGCAGGCCUUCCGCCGAUCUCUCCGCCGGUCGCGGAGCGCGCACGCCCUCGGCGAGAAGGACACGGCGGCGCUCUGGAAAGACGCGAUGACAGCGCUGAUCUGGCGGAGAGGCGGCGCCUUCAUCUACAGACGGCCAGACGGCCCACAGCCGUCAGGAGCGGCAGGGUCGCCGGUAGAUAAUACUGUUGCUAGUAAAAGUCGGAAUCGUACUCCUCCCCCUAGAAGCCCUCGGCCAGUCCAAGGAAGCAACAGGCAGGUGGGACAAGUAGGACAAGCAACGGCAACUGCAAGCAGCCGUGCGUCGUACGCUGUGACGUCGGCCAUCUCUCCCCCCGCGAUCUCGCCACUCUCCUCCCCGCUGACCGCCUCCAGUGGCACGGGCCGUUAUCCUCGCCAUAGGCGCACCCCCUCGUGCCCCGUCGUCCCUGGCGGAGAGGCGCUCUUGGGGGACGGCUAUGAGAAAGCAUUGCCGUCGACAGGCAGGUUGAAUCAAGACUGGCAGCAGCAGGAGCAAGCAGCCAGGGACCCGGUGAAAUCGGUGUUUGCCUGGGCUGCUGAGCAAAGAAUUGCCUCCAGGCGGGCUGAGAGCGCUCAGCAGCACUAGCAGUUCAUGGCUGUGUUGGGCUCUGGUCUGAAUAGUUCAAGUUGCUGGACUUGAAGUGUUAGCAGUUGGUGGAACGGGGCUGUGGAUUGCUCGCACCCUAGAAAAAUGCGGAUUUCUUCAGAGUUGUCUUGUCUCCAACUUUAGUACCUACAUGCGUUGAAAAGGCCAUGUGUAACUCACUUCAUGGCGAAGCGUUAAGAUUGCCAGUAUU